AUGUUUACGAUGCCUUUGUGUCGUAUAGCGGGAGAGACUAACACUGGGUGGCGAAGCAGCUGCUGCCAGGCCUCAAGCAGAGGGGUCCUCCAUUCCUGUGUCUCAGUCUGUACAACAGGGACUUCCAGCUGGGGAAGGUCAUUGUGGACAACAUCACAGACAGCCUCUACGGCAGCAGCUACACCCUGUGUCUGGUGAGUCGUCACUACCCGCGCGGUAACUGGUGCUCCUUGGAGCUGCGACUGGCCACCCUCCGUCUGCUGGUGGGGACAUCCUCAUCGUGGUCUUCCUGGAGGACAUCCCCCGCUCGUCACCUGUCUGCCCAACACAGGCUGGCCAGGCUUGUCAAGACCAGGAUCUAA